AUGUCCAACACACUAGACACUUCUCAGCGCGACCAGACCAUCAACCUUGGUGCUGGUCCCAGCUCUCUGCCCACCUCGGUCCUUCUCGAGGCGGCACAGGGUAUUCUUGACUUCGAGGGCACUGGUAUGGGUCUUAUCGAGCUCUCGCAUCGAUCCAAGACAUUCCAAAAGCUCAUGGACAAGACUGAAGCGGACUUGCGGGCCCUGCUCGAAAUUCCUGACUCUCACGCGGUUCUUUUCCUCCAAGGUGGCGGUACGGAACAGUUCUCGGCUACUGCGCUCAACUUGCUGGCUGCGCACGCGGUCAAGAACCCAGACUACUUCAAGUCGAAUGGCAACAAGGGUCCUCCUUGCGACUAUGCGGUGACUGGCUCGUGGACUGCGAAAGCAGUAAAGGAAGCUGCUCGUCUGGGCGCGACCACAAACGUCGCUGUCGAUGCUCGCAAGGUCGAAGGUGGCAACGGCAAAUUCGGCUCGAUCCCUCCUAUCAGUGAAUGGAAGUUGAGCCCAGUCGAGAGCAAGCCUGCUAUGCUGUAUUACUGCGACAACGAGACUGUCGACGGCGUCGAGUUCCCCAACCCUGGUUUCCCUAUUGAUCAGCUGCCAGAAGAAUACCGCAAGCGGGUGCCUCUUGUCGCCGACUGCUCUAGCAACAUCCUCUCCCGUCCCAUUGACGUCGCUGCCCACGCCAUCGUCUUCUUUGGAGCUCAGAAGAACGUCGGACCAUCGGGAACCACGAUCGCUAUUGUACGUAAAGACCUGAUUGUCGAUCCGGACCAAGGUGUUCCCAACGGUGGUCCUCGUAUCCCCACCACCUUGGUGUACAAGAACAUGCUCGAUAACGGUUCGCUGUACAACACUCCGCCCAUGUUUGCCAUCUACGCUUCCGGACUCGUGUUCGAUGACCUUUUGCGAAACAAGGGCGGUGUAGCUGGUGCGACUGAACGUUCGGAAAAGAAAGCUUCGCUCAUCUACGGAUUGAUCGACAACAGCGACGGCGUUUACCUGCCAACCGUACGACAACCUUCGGCGAGGAGCCGAAUGAACGUUACUUUCCGUAUCUCGAGAGCAGGCGAGAACAAGCCGGAUGAAGCGCUGGAAGAGGCGUUUGUCAAGAGAUGUGCCGAGCACCAGAUUGUCCAGGUGAAAGGUCAUAGGUCAGUAGGUGGUAUCCGAACCAGCUUGUACAAUGCCGUGACAGUCGAGCAGACACAGAAAUUGGCAGAGGUCAUGACCGACUUCGUGCAGGAUGUCAAGACUGGAAAGAUUUGA